AUGGCGGAGGCGGUGGCUUCAUUCGCCUGUGCCGAGCGGGCGGGCGGGCGGGCGCUACCACGGCAGGGCGGCCGAGGGGGGAGUCGGCGGGAGGGCGGAGCGGACCAUCGGGGCGGCCGGGAGCCAUGUUGGGCUGCGGGAAGAGGCGAUGCUGCCGCCGCCGCCGCUAGAUCGAUGGUGGUGGCGGCGCGGGCGGGGCGGGGGCGCGAGGCGGGGGCGCGGCGGGGCGGGGGGCGCGCCAGGCCCGGGCGGCGGGGCCGGGGGGGCGGGGUUGGGGCCGGGGGGCCAUGGCUGAGCCGCCGCCGCCGCCGCCGGGACCCAGCCUCCGCCGCCCUCCUGGCCGGGGCCGCCGCCUGGGGCCGCUACCGCUGCUGCUGCUGCUGCUGCUGCGCCCAGGGGGGCAGCUGGUGCUGCGCCCGCCCCCUCUGGCACCCCCUGGCGGGCAGGGCGCCCGGAGCCGGCGGCGCUCCCCCUGCGGGGCCCGCGGCCCCCCUGCGGGCCGAGAAGAGGAGGGCCCCAUGCCCGGCCGGCGACUGGGGCAGCGCCUCCCGCUGCGCGUGGAUUAUAAACGCUCCCGCUCGCCCCGACCUCCACCCCGGCCGGGGGCGCCUGGGCAGGCUGGCGCGGCGUGGGGCAGCGGCGGAGGGAGAGCCCCGCGCGGGCGAAGCCGCGGACAAUGGGGCGCGUGAGGAGGGGAGCCGGGCGGCUGCAGCCCGGCGCCGAGGCGUGAGGCCGUCCGCCCGCCCCUGCCUGCUGGCGGCCUGCGAGCAGAGGACCGGCAGCCCCGACCCGCCUCUUCGGCCCCCGGGGAUGCAAUCCUUUUCUUUUUCCCGCGCCCGCCCGCCCCUCGGCGGCUGGCUCGCCCUCCUGGCGUGCCUUCGGCUCUGCGCGGGGCAGCCGGCGCCCUCCGCAGCUUCUGGCCGCCAUACCGGUGAGUGUUGCGGGGCGAGCCGGGAGCGCCGCCGCCUCCUCCUCCUCCAGGACCCGGGCGGGAAAGAGCGGGCAGAGGCGGUUUCAGCACCACCGGCGCCGCGGACAGCGACCGGCGCGGCGCUAGGAAUCCACCCGCCGGCUGCCGAGGGGAGACCGCUCCCUCCCUGCCUCGUAGGGACUCCCUCUAACUCCACCAAAGGCUGUUUACAAACUCUUUGUGUCGGCGUGGAUGUCACAAGCACGUGGGCUCCGGGGUCCUUUCCUUACCUGCCAUUAAAACCUACUCGCCCGACUAUGCAGAAUGAGUUACUUCUCCCUUCCCCAUGUGCCAAGACCAGGCGGAGGAGAGAGGGGCCGUCGCUACCCUCGCUGAGGCCUCGAAGAGCGGCCAAUCGCCACCCCCUCUUCCCUCAGUACAAUUACCAGGUUCAGGUAGCUGAAAACCAACCUCCGGGGACCCCUGUGAUAACAAUGGCCGCUCAAGACCCCGAUUCAGGUGACGCUGGGCGGCUGCUGUACUCCAUGGACGCCCUGAUGAACAGCAGGUCUCUGGAGCUGUUCAACAUCGACUCCCACAAUGGCCUCAUCACCACCACCGAAGUUUUGGACAGGGAGAACAUGGACUUACACUACUUCCGGGUGACUGCCGUGGAUCAUGGGGUUCCCCGUCUUUCAGCCACCACCAUGGUUGCCAUAACAGUGGCAGACAGAAAUGACCACAAUCCAGUGUUUGAACAGAGUGAGUACAGAGAGACUAUCAGGGAAAACGUAGAAGAGGGCUACCCUAUCUUACAGCUGAGGGCCACCGACGUGGACUCCCCACCCAAUGCCAACAUAAGGUACCGUUUUGUAAAUGCUCAAGCAGCCCACUCUGUCUUUGAAAUAGAUUCACGGUCAGGGUUGAUCACCACAAGCGGGCAGGUGGACAGGGAAAAAAUGGAGAAAUACUCUUUGGUGGUGGAGGCAAAUGACCAAGGGAAAGAACCUGGUCCCAAGUCCGCCACAGUUAGAGUCUAUAUCACAGUCCUUGAUGAGAAUGACAACGUCCCACAGUUCAGUGAGAAGCGCUAUAUAGUCCAGGUAAGAGAGGACAUAAGACCGCAUUCAGAAAUUCUGAGGGUUACUGCCACUGACUUGGACAAGGACAAUAAUGCUUUAGUUCAUUAUAACAUCAUCAGUGGGAACAGCAGGGGCCAGUUUUCCAUUGACAGUGUAACAGGGGAAAUACAGGUGGUGGCUCCUUUGGAUUUCGAAGUUGAGCGAGAAUAUGCCCUGAGAAUACGUGCCCAGGAUGCGGGGCGGCCUCCUCUAUCUAACAACACAGGCAUGGUUAGCAUUCAGGUGGUGGACAUCAAUGACCACGCCCCCAUUUUUGUCAGCACUCCCUUUCAAAUAUCUGUCCUGGAAAAUGCCCCCUUUGGUCAUUCGGUAAUUCACAUCCAGGCUGUGGAUGCAGAUUAUGGAGAAAACUCUCGACUGGAGUACAAGCUCACUGGAGUCUCCUCCGAUACCCCCUUCGUGGUGAACAGUGCCACUGGCUGGAUUACUGUGAGUGGCCCCUUGGAUCGAGAAACCGUGGAGCACUAUUUCUUUGGGGUAGAAGCCCGGGACCAUGGCUCCCCAACUUUGUCAGCUUCUGCUAGUGUCACCAUUACCGUGAUGGAUGUAAACGACAAUCGCCCUGAAUUCACCCAGAAAGAAUAUUUCAUCCGUCUUAACGAAGAUGCUGCUGUGGGGACCAGUGUUCUCAGCGUCACAGCCAUCGACCGGGAUGUGAACAGCGCCAUCAGCUACCAGAUAACAGGUGGGAACACACGGAACCGUUUCGCCAUCAGCACUCAGGGAGGAGUGGGCCUUAUCACUCUCUCUUUGCCCCUGGAUUACAAGCAGGAGAGGCGCUAUGUGCUCACUGUGACGGCUUCUGAUCGAACUCUGCACGACAAUUGCCAUGUGCACGUCAACAUUACGGAUGCCAACACUCACAGGCCAGUGUUCCAGAGCGCCCACUACUCUGUGAGCGUUAACGAGGAUCGUCCUGUCGGCAGCACGGUGGUCGUGAUCAGUGCCACUGAUGACGAUGUGGGGGAAAAUGCCAGGAUUACCUACUACUUGGAGGACAACAUCCCCCAGUUCCGCAUUGAUGCUGACACUGGUGCCAUCACUUUACAGGCGGAGCUGGAUUAUGAGGACCAGGUCACCUACACCCUGGCCAUUACAGCCAAAGAUAACGGGAUCCCUCAGAAAGCAGAUACAACCUACGUGGAAAUCAUGGUAGAUGAUGUCAACGACAAUGCUCCCCAGUUUGUUAGCGCUCACUAUCAAGGCAUCAUCUCUGAGGACAGCCCACCCUUCACCAGCGUCCUUCAGAUCUCUGCCACUGACCGGGAUGCCCAUACCAAUGGAAGGGUGCAGUACACCUUCCAGAGCGGGGAGGACGGGGACGGGGACUUCACAAUAGAACCCACCUCUGGGAUUAUCCGUACCGUCCGCAGGCUGGACCGCGAGACCGUCCCGGUCUACGAACUCACUGCUUAUGCUGUUGACAGAGGAGUCCCGCCUCAAAGAACCCCUGUCCAUAUUCAAGUCACUGUCCAAGAUGUUAAUGACAAUGCCCCUGUCUUUCCAGCUGAAGAGUUUGAGGUUUUAGUGAAGGAAAACAGCAUUGUGGGCUCUGUGGUGGCCCAGAUCACAGCCAUCGAUCCCGACGAGGGACCCAACGCCCAGAUCAUGUAUCAGAUUGUGGAAGGCAAUAUCCCUGAAAUUUUUCAGAUGGACAUAUUUUCGGGUGAGCUCACUGCCCUGAUUGACCUGGACUAUGAGACUAAGUCUGAGUACGUCAUCGUAGUUCAAGCUACCUCUGCCCCCCUUGUCAGUAGAGCUACAGUGCGCAUCAGACUCAUUGACCAGAAUGAUAACAGCCCCGUUCUUAAAAACUUCCAGAUCCUCUUUAACAACUAUGUCUCCAACAAGUCCAACACCUUUCCUUCGGGGGUGAUAGGAAAGGUCCCCGCUUAUGACCCAGAUGUGACUGACAGACUCUUCUACACCUUUGAACGAGGAAACGAGCUGCACUUGUUGAUCGUCAAUCAGACUAGUGGGGAACUCCGGCUGAGCCGUAAACUGGACAACAACCGCCCUUUGGUGGCUUCCAUGCUGGUGACCGUCACAGAUGGGAUCCACAGCGUCACAGCCCAGUGCGUCCUGCGGGUCAUUGUCAUCACUGAGGAUAUGUUGGCCAACAGCAUCACUGUGCGUUUAGAGAACAUGUGGCAAGAGCGUUUCCUCUCCCCCCUUCUAGCCAGUUUUUUGGAGGGCGUGGCCACAGUGCUGGCCACGCCCAAGGAGGACGUCUUCAUCUUUAACAUCCAGAACGACACAGACGUUGGAGGCCAAGUGUUGAAUGUCAGUUUCUCGGCAAUGGCCCCUCGUGGCGGCCACUUCUUCAGCUCUGAAGAACUUCAGGAGCAACUGUACAUGAAGCGCAUGACCCUGACCUCGGUCUCCAUGCUGGAGGUGCUGCCCUUUGAUGACAACGUCUGCCUUCGAGAACCUUGCCAGAAUUACAUGAAGUGCAUCUCGGUGCUCAAGUUCGACAGCUCAGCUCCCUUCAUCGCCUCCCCCUCCACCCUCUUCCGACCCAUCCAUCCCAUCACGGGCCUGAGGUGUCGCUGCCCCCAGGGCUUCACUGGGGACUAUUGCGAAAUGGAGAUCAACCUCUGCUAUUCCAACCCCUGCCACAACGGAGGUGUCUGCACCCGCAAGGAAGGUGGUUACACCUGCAUCUGCCGCCAGCAUUUCACAGGUGAUAAUUGUGAAGUGGACAGCCGGACAAGCCGCUGUGUCCCUGGUGUGUGCAGGAACGGAGGCACCUGUACCAACUCUGCAGAUGGCGGCUUCCUAUGCCAGUGCCCACCUGGGGGCUUUGAAAAGCCUUACUGUGAAGUAUCCACACGCUCCUUCCCCCCCAAGUCUUUUAUCAUGUUCCGAGGACUGCGCCAGAGGUUCCACCUCACCCUCUCCCUCUCCUUUGCCACCUUAGAGCACAGUGGUCUCCUAAUCUACAAUGGACGUCUGAAUGAGAAGCAUGACUUCCUGGCUGUAGAGAUUGUGGAUGGGCAGGUGCAGCUGAAGUACUCCACAGGUGAGUCGAGCACUGUGGUUACCCCCUAUGCUCCAGGAGGUGUGAGUGAUGGGCAGUGGCAUACAGUACAGCUUCACUACUACAACAAGCCCAAGAUCAGCUCCCUGGGUUCAGUGCAGGGACCUUCCAAAGACAAGGUGGCAAUCCUAAUGGUGGACAAAUGUGAUGCCUCUCUGGCACUGCAGUUUGGCAAUGAGAUCGGAAACUACUCCUGUGCAGCUGAAGGGGUGCAGUCCAGUUCCAAAAAAUCGCUGGACCUCACUGGGCCCUUGCUCCUUGGAGGGGUCCCUAAUCUGCCUGAGAAUUUUCCUGUUGAGCACAGGGAGUUUGUGGGGUGCAUGAGAGAUCUGUACAUUGACAGUAAGCGCAUUGACCUGGCUUCCUACAUUGCAAACAAUGGGACCUCCACAGGUUGCCAUGCCAAGCACUCCUUCUGUGAUUCAAACCCUUGCAAGAACAGCGGCACCUGCACGGUGGGCUGGUCCACCUUCACCUGUGAGUGCCCUGUAGGCUUUGGGGGCAAGGACUGCCGGCAUGCCAUGCAUCAUCCCCACCAUUUCCAAGGCAACAGCAUCCUCUACUGGGACUUCAAGAAUGAAGUGAAAAUCUCCACUCCGUGGUAUAUGGGCCUGGCCUUCCGAACACGCCAACUGGAUGGAGUGUUGCUUCAGGCUCAUGCAGGCCAGUACACAACCCUACUCUGCCAGCUGGACUCCGGCCUGCUCUCCUUCAUGGUGAACAGGGGCUCCGGACAUAUCACUAAGCUCCUCCUGGAUCAAAUGCAGCUGAAUGAUGGGAAAUGGCAUGACCUGCAACUGCAGCUACAAGAUGUACGCAGUGGCCGAGAGACACGCUACAUCAUCACUCUCAAUCUGGACUUCGGAGUCUACCAGGACACCAUAGCUGUUGGCAGUGAGCUGCAUGGCCUGAAAGUAAAGCAUCUCCAUGUUGGGGGAAUCUUAGAUUCUGGUAAAGUGCAUCGUGGUUUGGAGGGCUGCAUCCAGGGAGUGCACCUAGGUGAUACACCCACAGGGAAUGCGCUAGUCAAGCCCAGCAGCACUUUGAACGUGGAGGCAGGGUGUGCCGUGGUCAACCCUUGUGACUCCAAUCCUUGUCCAGCCAACAGCCUAUGCCAGGACAAGUGGCAAACCUACUCUUGUGUGUGCAAGCCAGGUUACUAUGGUACGAGCUGUGUUGAUGCCUGCCAUCUGAACCCUUGCAAGAACAAGUCGGUGUGUCGGCGAAAGCCAGGUUUACCCCAUGGCUAUGUCUGUGAGUGCGGAGAAAACUACUUUGGACAAUAUUGUGAGCACAGGAUGGACCAGCAGUGCCCCAAGGGCUGGUGGGGAAACCCGACAUGCGGACCCUGCAACUGUGAUGCAGCCAAGGGAUUUGACCCAGACUGUAAUAAAUCCAACGGGCAGUGUCAUUGUAAGGAAUUCCAUUAUCGUCCUAAAGGAAGUGACACCUGCCUUCCCUGUGACUGCUACCCCAUUGGCUCCUCCUCCCGUUCCUGUGAUCAGGAAACGGGCCAGUGCCACUGCAGGCCAGGUGUGAUUGGCCGACAGUGCAACAGUUGUGACAGUCCCUUUGCAGAGGUGACUCCCAGUGGUUGCCACGUGCUCUAUGAUGCAUGUCCUAAAUCUCUGAAAGCUGGCGUGUGGUGGCCCCAGACCAAGUUUGGCUUGCCAGUGGCAGUACCUUGUCCCAAAGGUUCCUUGGGUGCAGCAGUUCGGCACUGUGAUGAGGAGAGAGGCUGGCUGGAACCAGAUCUCUUCAACUGCACAUCACCCGCCUUUAAGGAGCUCUCAGCACUGCUGGAGGGUCUGGAAAGGAAUGAAACAGAACUGAAUACCAUAGAAGCCAAGAAACUGGCCCACCAGCUCCGGGCAGUGACAGACCAGAUGGAGCGCUACUUUGGCAAUGAUGUUCACAUCACAUAUCGCCUGCUGUCCCGCUUGAUGGCAUUUGAGAGUAGGCAGCACGGUUUUGGCCUCACCGCCACCCAAGAUGCCCACUUCAAUGAGAACCUGCUACUGGCUGGCAGCUCCGUGCUAGCGCUAGAGAAUCGGGAGCACUGGGACACAUUGCUACAGAAUGAUCAUGGCAGUGCAGGCCUCAUGGAGCAGCUGAAAGAGUACACAGGCACGCUGGCCAGCAACAUGAAACUCACCUACCUCAACCCUGUUGGUGUGGUGACCCCCAAUAUUGUACUCAGCAUUGACCGCAUGGAGAAUACCACCAACAUGAGGAGACGCUACCCUCGUUAUCACAGCAGCCUCUUUCGCGGCCAGGUCAUGUGGGACCCACACACCCACAUAGUUCUUACACCUCCCAAAGUAGAAGCUCCAACCACCGCGGCAUCUAUAUCAGCUAGCAGCGAAACCAAUGACACCAUGGAAAGCUCCCCCCCAAAACACUCCCUGCCAGAACCUGAGCCUGCCGUAACCAUCCUCAUCCUCAUAAUCUAUCGCACACUUGGAGGGCUUCUGCCUGCCCGCUACCAGGUGGAUCGCCGCAAUCUCAGGCUCCCCAAAAACCCUGUUAUGAAUUCCCCCAUCAUGAGUGUCUCUGUGUUCAGCAACCACACCUUUCUCCAGAGCACUUUGGAGACGCCCUUAGUGCUAGAAUUCCGCCUGCUUGAGACUGUCAACCGCAGCAAGCCCCUCUGCGUUCAGUGGAAUCACUCUAGCCAGAUUGAGCCCACUGGCUUCUGGACAGCACGGGACUGUGAUCUUGUGUAUCGAAAUGCCACGCACGUCCGCUGCCACUGCUCCCAGUUGGGCACUUUCGGAGUCCUGAUGGACAGCUCCCACCGAGAGCAGCUGGAGGGCGACCUGGAGACCUUGGCCAUUGUGACCUAUUCCUUGGUGUCUCUCUCUCUGGUGUGCCUGCUGCUGACCUUCUCCUUCUUGGUAUGCCUGAAAGGUCUCAAGUCCAACACUCGGGGCAUCCACUGUAACAUUUCCAUCACCCUCUUCUUCUCAGAGCUGCUCUUUCUCUUGGGUAUCAACCAAACUGAAAACCAGUUCUUCUGCACGGUGAUUGCCAUCCUGCUGCACUACUUCUUCCUCUCCACGUUUGCUUGGCUCUUUGUGCAAGGGCUCCAUAUCUACCGUAUGCAGACUGAAGUCCGCAACAUCAACUAUGGAGCCAUGAGGUUCUACUACGCCAUUGGUUGGGGGGUCCCUGCCAUCAUCACUGGAUUAUCUGUUGGCUUGGAUCCAGAGGGCUACGGGAAUCCAGAUUUCUGCUGGAUUUCCAUUCAUGAUAAACUGAUCUGGAGUUUUGCAGGGCCCAUUGCUGUUGUCAUUCUGAUGAAUGGGGUAAUGUUCCUGCUGGUGGCAAAGAUGCUGUGUUCCCCAGGGCAGAAGGAAACCAAGAAAAAAUCUGUUCUCAUGACGCUGCGCAGCUCCUUCGUUCUGCUUCUAGUUAUUAGCACUACUUGGCUCUUUGGCCUCUUGGCUGUCAACAACAGUGUCCUGGCUUUCCACUACCUCUACACUAUCCUCUGCAGCCUUCAGGGCUUGGCGGUGCUGGUUCUGUUCUGCGUCCUGAACGAAGAGGUGCGGGAAGCCUGGAAACUAGCCUGCCUUGGCAAAAAGGCUCAGAGCGAGGAAGCCAACAGAAGCAGUCAGGGCCCUAAUGCCUACAACAACACAGCUCUGUUUGAGGAGAGUGGUCUCAUCCGUAUCACCCUGGGAGCUUCCACCAUCUCAUCUGUCAGCAGUGUGCGCUCAGCCCGCACCCAUUCCAGCCAGCGGGGCUACCUCAGAGAGAACAUGAUGGCGCAUCAAGGCUCAGCCCUGGAUCACAACUUGCUCAAUCACGCCGGCCCCACAGACCUUGAUGUAGCUAUGUUUCACCGUGAUGCAGGGCCAGAUCAAGACUCAGACUCAGACAGCGACCUCUCUCUUGAUGAGGAACGCAGCCUCUCAAUUCCGUCAUCAGAGAGUGAGGAGAACAUGCAUCUCCGGGGCAGGUUCCAGCGCCAAUUCAAAAGGGCAGCACACAGCGAGAGGCUGCUCACGAACCCUUCUAACACCACACCCAAAGAUGUAGAUGGCAACGACCUGAUGUCUUACUGGCCAGCGCUGGGUGAAUGCGAAGUUCACCCCUGCUCCCUCCAGAAGUGGGGCUCAGAGCGGAAACUUGGUUUUGAUGUCAACAAAGAUGCUGCCAACAAUAACCAGCCCGACCUGGCCUUAACCAGUGGAGAUGAGAACUCCCUCACCCAGACCCAACGACAGAGGAAAGGCAUCCUGAAGAAUCGCCUCCAGUACCCUCCAGCUCUGCAAGGGCUGUCAUCCGUGGGCCGAAUGACCAAUGAGCUUUCCUGGUACAAAACAUCCACACUGGGUCACAGGGCUGUUCCUGCUGCUUCUUAUGGCAGGAUUUAUUCUGGUGCAGGCAGCCUCUCUCAGCCAGCAAGCCGUUAUUCUUCACGGGAACAACUUGACAUGUUGAUGAGAAGGCAGAUGUCCAGAGAACAGCUGAGCCGGAAUAAUUCUGGCGACUGUCUGGAAGCUGUAGCCAGCCGGCAUGGGUCUCGGGAGCAACUGAACACCAUUCUGAACAGGCCUGGGUCCAGGGAGCAUCUGGACACUAUCCUCAGCCAACAUGGGUCUAGGGAGCACCUUGCAAGCAUACCCAGUAGGCAUGGGUCUAGAGAAAACUUAGGGGAACUAGAUACUGGACAUGAUCAAAGAAUUCACGGAAACACUCUGCCUAGGAGGCAAGGAUCUAGAGACCAUCUUGAUACUUUGCCCUGUAGAUUUGGGUCACGAGAGCAGCUAGACUGUGGUGGGGCAGUAAGAGAUCUCUCUAGAGAAUGGCUAAACACCAUGCCUAACAGGCAAGCAUCAAGAGAUCGAAUGGACACUUUGCCGAGUCGAGACACUUCUCGGGAACAGCUGGAUUUGCUUUCUAGAAGGCAUCCUUUGAGGGACCAACUAGCAUCAACCAGACAAAUAUCAAGAGAGCAGCUGGACUUCUUAUCCAGAAGAUCUAAUUCCAGAGAGCAUCUGGACACAGUACCUGGCAGGCAGGCUUCUCGGGAAAAUCUAGAGGCCCUUUCUAGACAGCAGCCUUCUAGGGAAAAUCUUGAACUCCUCUCCAGAAGCCUUCCUUCUAGAGAAAACCUUGAAGCGAUCCCCAGCCGUCACCCCUCCACAGAGCAAUUAGACAUCCUUUCUUCUAUUCUGGCUUCUUUUAACUCCUCUGUCUUGUCCUCUGUGCAAUCAUCCAGCACUCCCUCAGGCCCACAGACCACACCCACACCUUCUGCGGCACAGACAUCCUCUACGCCCUCCCUGUUGUGCCCUUCACCGCCUCGAUCUGCUACAUCUCACAGUAUUUCCGAGCUGUCGCCAGACUCAGAAAAGGAGAUGGCGAAAAAUGAGCCGCAGUUGCACCCUCAGGAUGAGCACAGUGUGCUGAGUGAGGCUGAAUUAGAGAAGCUGGGCCUGAGAAACCGGGCACUGUCGCCCUCCAUCUGUACCAGGAUUCAGAAGAUAAGAUGUUCAGGUUCAACUGCAAAGUCAUUGCUGUAUCGGCUGCUCCCCAUCCUGUAUUGGUUACCACGAUACCCAGUCAAGGAAUGGCUACUGAAGGACAUAAUCUCAGGAUUCAGUGUGGGAAUCAUGCAUCUUCCCCAGGGUUUGGCCUAUGCGCUUCUAGCAGGGCUGCCUCCUGUCACUGGCUUGUAUUCAUCCUUCUAUCCUGUCCUGCUGUAUUUCUUCUUUGGGACAUCUAGACACAUCUCUGUAGGCCCAUUUGCGGUCAUCUCUGUGAUGAUUGGAAGUGUGACGGAUUCGAUGGAACCGAGCAGCAAGUAUAUGAUAUACAACAAUGAUACAAAUAGUACAAUUGUCAAUUAUGCCCAAAGGGAUGCUGCCAGGGUGGAGCUGGUGGCUGCGCUCACCUUCUUGGUGGGCAUAUUUCAGAUUGCCCUUGGCCUGCUGCAGUUCGGCUUUGUAGCUAUCUACCUAUCCGAGCCCUUGGUGCGAGGCUACACCACUGCUGCUUCUGUCCAGGUGCUGAUCUCCCAGCUGAAGUACAUCUUUGGGGUUGAAGUGGAAGAGUAUGCAGGUCCAUUGUCACUGAUCUAUACCUUUGUGGAUAUCUGCAAACAAUUGCCAAAAACCAACACGGGCACCUUGGUCACAUCAUUAGUUGCCAUGGUCUGCAUUCUGCUGGUGAAGAUGCUCAAUGACAGAUUUGCCAAGAAGCUUCCAUUGCCUAUCCCCGUUGAACUGCUCACGAUUAUCAUCUCCACAGGGAUCUCCUAUGGUGCCAAACUGAAUGCAAAUUUUGGGGUUAGUGUUGUAGGCGACAUACCCAGUGGGAUGAGACCCCCUGAAGCCCCCAAUGGAAACUAUUUUGGGAGCAUUGUGGGCAAUUCUUUUGCCAUUGCUAUGGUUGGUUAUGUCAUUUGUAUCUCACUCGGUAAGAUCUUUGCCCUCAAGCAUGGCUAUACUGUGGACAGCAACCAGGAGCUGAUUGCGUUGGGGCUCAGUAACUUUGUGGGUGCCUUCUUCCAGUGCUUCAGCAUUAGCUGCUCUAUGUCCCGCUCCCUAGUGCAGGAAAGCACAGGAGGCAAUAGCCAGGUGGCUGGGUUGGUCUCUUGCGUCAUCAUACUUGUGACCAUCUUGAAGAUCGGGGAGCUAUUCUAUCAACUUCCCAAAGCCAUUUUAGCUGCCAUUAUUCUUGUUAACCUGAAGGGCAUGUUCAAGCAGUUCAAAGACAUUCCUGAACUUUGGAGAUCCAACUUUGUUGACCUGCUGAUCUGGCUUGUAACCUUCGUAGCCACCAUUGUACUCAACCUUGACAUGGGGCUGGGGGUCGCUGUGGCCUUUUCACUUUUCACUGUCGUCUUCCGGACCCAGAUGCCCCAUUAUUCCAUCUUGGGGCAAGUGGCCAAGACAGGCAUUUACAAAGAUGUAGCUGAGUAUGACAAGGCUGAAGAGAUCCCAGGUGUGACAAUUUUUCGCUCCUCUGCUACAGUUUAUUUUGCUAAUGCUGAACUGUACGCAGGGGCCCUAAAGAAGAAGUGUGGUAUUGAUGUGGAUAACCUCAUUAAAAGGAAGAAGAAAGCUCUGAAGAAGGCAGAAAAGAAAUCCAAGAAAGAAAACAAGAAGAAUAAGAAAACAGCUCCUGAAGCCAUAAAUGGAUGUGACUCUGGGAACAACAAUCUUGGCUUUGUCGAUAUAGACAUGGAAACAAAGUCACAGGAGUCAGAUGAUAAUCGGAAAGGCGGUGACAUAAUAUUGGCUGAGCCUAAUGGAGAUGUGCAGGAUUUGGAGCCCCAAAUCAACACCCAUCCACAACCUUGUUACAAACCCACCUUGGAGUCUCUGGGGCUUGAAAAGCCUCCUCUUCACUCUCUCAUCCUUGACUUCACUUCUGUCAACUUUGUAGAUACUCUAUUUAGAGAUUUCCGGGAGAUUGAAGUAGACGUCUAUCUUGUGGGUUGCCCUGUUUCAGUCAUUACAGAGCUGGAAAGAGGCAACUUCUUCAGUGAAACCAUCACCAAGAACCACCUUUUUGCAACAGUGAAUGAUGCUGUUACCUAUGUCACAAGGAACCAGGGAGAAAAUUUGCCACAAACUGCCACAGUCAUGCGCAACACUAACUUGUAA